CAUAACAUGUUGUAUGAACAUUUUUCAUUGUGAUGCUGCAUGUUUAUGCUAUGUUCCCCAAGGUUGUAGGUAGCCUAUUCUGCAACAGUGCUAUAACUGUCCUUCUCAGCUGAUGGUUUUGCAGCAAUACCCCCCACCAGCAGAGGGUGCUGAAGGCCCAGACACAGAGGAGCAGAAUGAUGAUCACAGGCUGGGGGUCUAUGGCUGGAGGAAGCGCUGCUUCUAUCUGCUGGUGCUUCUCCUGCUCUCCACCCUGCUGGUCAACAUUGCCCUGACAAUCUGGAUCCUCAGGGUCACCUGUCUCAACACAGAAGGAAUGGGGCAGCUGAGAAUAACAUCAGAUCGGGUGAGGCUUGAUGGAGUGUCCGAGUUCCUCUUCUCUAUCUACGCCCAAGAGAUACACUCCAAACAGGACACCUCCCUUCUUAUCCACUCUGAGUUCCAGAAUGUCACGCUCCAAGCCUGCAAUGGGAAAGGAGGUGUGUUAGGUAGCCUUAACCUGGGUCCACAAUCCAUGGAAAGCGUAGGACAACAUUUUGAGGUGAUGACAAGCACUGGGAAAUUGUUAUUUUCUGCUGGUACAGAACAGGUAGUUGUUGGAGCGGAUAAGCUAACCAUUACAGGGUCUGAUGGUGCUCAGUGUGAACAUUCCAUAGAGACAUCCCUGGUCAGGGCAGAGCAUUCCAUGGACUUGAGGCUAGAGGCCCCCACCCGGUCGCUCCACCUGGAUGCUCCAAAGGGAGUCCACAUCAAAGCAGUGUCCGGCAGCGGCCAGGCCGUGUCCAGCAUGGACAUCUCUCUACUCUCUAUGGACGGAGUGUUGAUUGUGGAUGCUGAGAGGGUGCAACUGCCCAGGUUACCUCUGAGUGGAGAAGGAGUGAAGGGGAGUCCUGGGGAGCAGUUGUAUGAAGUGUGUGUUUGUCCUGAUGGAAGACUGUACCUGUCCAAAGCUGGUCACACCUCCACCUGCCAUGACAACAGUCACAAUUGUUAAAAGACCACACUCUAUUAUCUUGAGAUUUGUAUUUACCUGGGAUCAUCUUUAUACAUACAUCAUCAUAAUUGUGCAGUCAGUCCUGUCUUGUCUGAAAAUUAUGCAAAGUGCAUAUUAGAAAAAUAUGAA